AUGUGUGUCAAGGAACCUUUCAUUCAACGCUUUGAUCCUCUUACCGUAUCGUAAGCAGUGUUGCCAGGUAAUGGAGUUUUGACAAAUUUUGUAAAAUAAUAAAAAUAAAUUUGCUCUCAUGAACACCCUCACCUUUCUGCUGUUAAAUUGAUUUGGACUUCAGUUAGCGGAUGUUUAACUUCGAGUAAUUUAGUGUUAAAAACUGAGUUCAAGACGUAAAUUGGCCACCGUGAAGGACGAAAAAAAGCUGACGUUUGGAGGGUUAGCCCUGCGUCAGAGCGAUCGAAAUCACUCGCUCUGACGAAGGGCUACCGCUCAAAACGUCAGCUUUUUUUACCCUUAACGAUGGUCAAUUCACGUUUUCAACUCAGUAGUUAACAUUAAGUUACCUGCUCUAAUCUCCCACCGACGCAGCGCCUCAGUUUCUUUAGAAACUUACCCCCUUUAUUCUACGAGGUUGUCCUUUAUUUUGUACUUUUAUAUUAUAUUUCUUCUUUGAAAAGCGAUAAAAAUGAUUCGAUCCCUUGUUAAGCUUGUGUAACUUUCACAGAUAAGCUCAAGCCUGAAAGCUGACCUCGACCUAGUUGCCUUUUCUGGUUUUCAUUUAAAUUUAUCAGGGAGCAGGGAUGUUUAGUUCAGGCGAUGAUAUAGCGAGCACGUAGAUAACAAACCUGCAACUGAUUUCCACCGCGUCACCAACGAACGGAUUGUUCCUAUGUAAGCAAUUUAAAGGUAUAUCCAUCUCGUAACUAGGACUUUUUCCUGUUUAAAUGGUUUAAUUCAUCUAAAAAAAAAUGGCUGUUGUGCCUCCGCUAACGCGAUUUUCGCUUAGGAGCUCAGCAUCUAAUUUCAAGUCGGUGGCUUGUAAAAGUCUUUCGACGAUAGCUACACUCCUUGAAACAUGAAGAUGUAAUUCAUUUUAUUGGCAGAGUCUUUUAAACCAAAUGUUUAAUGCGUGUGGAUAUAUGAAAGAAAAACAGAGGCAGCCUUUAAGUAAAUCAGCACAGUCAUAGUAUUCAUCUAGUUUUAUUCACUUCAUUUUAGAAGACAUAUGUCUGGACGAUUUGACGUAUUACAAUGGCUAUUGCUAUCGAAAAGUCUUGUCUUGUGACUCGUGGGAAAGUAGUCAGGAGACAUUUGCUUCCCUGGACGCAAAUUUUCCCAGCAUACACAGCCAAGAAGAAAACGUAUUUGUUCAAAGUCUACACGGUUGUACACAAUCGUGGCUGGGUCUGUCUGAUAAUUCCACCGAAGGUUCGUUCGUUUGGAGCGAUGGGACCCCUUUAGACUUCCACUACUGGGCAGAAGGACAAUCAAACAAUUUGCACAACCAAGAUUGUGUUCACACUCUUGGUUUCCUUAAUGAGUUUACUUGGAAUGACGUAAAUUGUGCCGACUGCCACGGAUUCACUUGUAAGAAAGGUUGGUGUUAA